AUGGUGAGGGAGGAGUGGACGACGGAGGUUUUCGAUGCGGAGCUGGUGAGCAGCCAGAGCGUGGAGGAGGAUAUGGUGCAGAUGCUGCAGAUCGCGCUGGCUUGCGUGGUGAAGGGUCCCGAGAUACGGCCCACCAUGGAUGAAGUGGUGAGGUUGAUUAAGGAAACUGUUCGACCUAAUGGCGCAGCGGAGAGGAAAAGUGAAAGCGAAAACACCAACGUCUACGAGCACCAUGAAUGA